AUGGACCCUAUCGCACUCCACGAAAAUUACAUCCACCGGGAUUCCAUCUCGAGCGGCGAGUCCGGCCAAUUCGAUCGGCCACAGGUCGCCAGAUUGGCCGCACAGAAGUCGCAGGUUUCGCUCGUAUCCAAUUCUUUGGUUUUGUCGCGUCCUCCAGAGAGCACCAGUGGUGUCACGUUCGUCUGUUCCCAGCCAGACAACGCCAGUAUGGCAGCCAGCAUGGAGGCCAGUAUCGGUGGGACCAUCUUCAGUGACAGUGAGACUGCAUUUCAUAGCUUGCCAGAAACCCAGCCUACUAUUGACCUGGGUUUCAGGCCGCAGAAGGCAGACAUGAACGACAGCGAAAAUGCCUUCUUCGUGCAAAACAAGCAUUUUUUUAUCCUUUCGGUUGCUGGUAAGCCGAUCUACUCGAUGCACGGAUCCGACGAGAUUCUCACGGUCCACGCAGGUAUUAUUCAGACGAUAGUUUCCUAUUUCGAGUUCAACCCGGACGGCGAAACGGAGCAGCUGCGCACUUUCACGUCUGGCGACGAGAAUAAAACGCGCUUCUGUUUCCUGAACAAAGCGCCCAUCAUCCUAAUGGCAAUUUCGUCUCUCGAUGAAAGUGAGCUGCAGCUGAAUCAGCAGCUGGAUUUUCUCUACAACUUCCUUCUCACGAUCCUGAGCAAGCCUCACAUAGAUAAAGUAUUUCGGAAAAGAGAUAACUUUGAUCUGCGUAAGUUGCUCGGAAAGGCAGACAUAGCCUGUUUGGACUCAAUAUGCAACGAUCUCGCUAAUUUCAACAACCCAGGGCUUAUCAUUGGCGGUUUGGAAUGCCUAAGGAUGCGCAAGUCUGUGAGACGACGAAUCGAAAAUGUGCUGCUUGCUGAAAAAUCGGAAAAUCUACUUUAUGCGCUGCUAGUGGCUCCUGGUGGAAGACUUGUCACCGUGUUACGUCCGCGUCGACAUACUUUACACACGUCGGAUCUGCAAUUGCUGUUUUCCAUGAUUUUCAACACAAACACAUUUAGAUCGACGCCUGAGGGAAACGAAACUCAACAGCUUGCAUCCAACGAAGAAUUCUGGGUUCCUAUAUGCUUCCCAAAAUUCAAUCCUAAUGGAUUUCUCUAUUCAUUUAUUCAGUUUGUGGAUUUGAAAGACGAGAAACUGAUGUACCUACAUGAUCUGAACAUGAGUGCGCUGGAACAGGACGCAAAUCCGGACUCGAGCAAAAUUACUGUCAUAUUGGUAAGCGCGUACAAAGACAGCUUUUUUGAGAUGAGGAAGAUCGCGAGCUCUAUCAUCAAGACCGUGAAGCUCAAUAGAACAAUAUACAGAGACCUAUUUAAGGCAGUCGUUGGCACACAAGGAGCUAACGGCGAAACGGGGGCAAGCUCAGGCAAGGUGGACCCAGUGGAGAUACCUGCGCCGCUAGUUCAGCAUUUUGUGUUCAAGAGCAAGAAACAUACACAGUUUGUUUUUUCAAAACUAGCACAUCAACGGGAGCCUGACGAGAAUAUGAGAGGGCAACUGAUGAUGCUCUAUGCAAAAUUGCACUCGCAAUUUAGUGGUGCUUCUCGAAUCACUGGCUCGCAGCAUGAUUCAGAUUUUUUGGAUGAAAGCCAUUUUAUCAACCUGGUCAGAUGGAAACACCAGAACGAUAACUUGGUGGGUUUCUUGAUUACCACCACCAAUUAUGAGCUCUACCUACUUACGAAUGGAGGCAUAAUGGACGAAAAAGUGCUGCUACGCUCAUGCAAAAAUAUAAUUAAGUGGUGCAAAAAAAAUCAAGAUCGUCUAUUCAUCUCCUCCGGUGCAGUGUUCUAA